CGGGGUGGGGGGAAGAUGGCUGGCUCAGGGAUGGUCGCUUGCCGCAGAGGAGGCAGGCUCACAGCCCGGCGUUUCGCCAAGGACAGCCCCCGGUCGCGCCGAGGACUGCUACCCGGGAGCCCCACCCGGGGCCGGGAAGGGCUCCGGGGAAGGGAGCGCAGCCCCAGCUCGGUACCGAGGCCUGUGCACGGGCGACGAGCUCGCCAGGCCCGCCCCUCAACCCGGCCCUGCGGCGGGAGAGGCCGCUCCAGAGGGCUGGGGUGCCCUGGGGAGGGCCGCGGCGGCUCGGGGAGGAGGUGCCCCGGCAGCCGGGGAGUCCGGCUGAUCCCGUUCGGCCGCGGCAGCCGCCGCUCCCUGCGGAGGGGCAGGCACCGGGGGAGCCCAUGCCGUGGCAGCAGCGUCCCAGGACCAAAGCGGGGAAAAGCCGCCGCUGAGGGGACAGCAGCGCCGGGGACUGACGGGGCGCGGCAACGGCUCUGCGGCAGGGAGCGGAAGGCAGCACCCCGGCACAGUCGGGCCGCAGACCGCCUCCCCUCUCCCUCUCUCCCCGCCGACGGAGACGCAGGCGGUGGCCGGCGGAGCAUGCGCGGAGCGGCGGCGGGGCGGGAUGGUGGCGGCGGCGGCGGGCCGUGGGUGCAGGUGUUCUCCCUCUGGUUUCCUAUGUCCUAUCAGCAGGAGGAUUUCUUCAAAGAGUACAUCAAGAUGAUGGCGAAUAUUAUCGUCCUGAAUUUGAUCAUUUGUAUUUCUCUGGCGUUCUGGAUCGUGUCCAUGACGGCAAAUACCUACUACGGUACUUUACGACCCAUUUCUCCAUGGCGCUGGCUUUUUUCAGUCUUGGUUCCACUCAUAAUUGCUACACAGGGUUUAAAGAAGAAGAGUCUUGAUCACAGUGGUGCAUUGGGAGGACUGGUGGUUGGAUUUAUCCUUACAGUUGCAAAUUACAGUUUCUUCACUUCUUUGUUUGUAUUUUUUGUUACUUCUUCAAAACUUACUAAAUGGAAAAAAGAUAUAAAGAAGCAAAUAGAUUCAGAAUACAAAGAAGGUGGACAGAGGAAUUGGGUGCAAGUAUUCUGUAAUGGUGGUGUUCCUACUGAGCUGGCUGUCUUAUAUAUGAUAGAAAACGGACCAGGUGAAAUUCCUAUCGACUUUUCAAAGCAAUACACAGCAUCAUGGAUGUGCUUAUCGCUUUUGGGAGCUUUGGCAUGCUCUGCUGGUGAUACAUGGGCUUCAGAGAUUGGUAGUGUUAUGAGUAAAAGCAAGCCAAGGUUGAUAACAACCUGGGAAAAGGUUCCAGUAGGUACUAACGGAGCAGUUAGUUUCGUGGGCCUGCUUUCAAGUUUGCUUGGGGGCAUGGCAGUAGGUAUAGCCUACUUCAUAACACAGCUCAUUUUCGUGACUGAUCUGGAAAUAUCUGCUCCACAAUGGCCCAUUAUUGUGUUUGGUGCAGCAGCUGGACUUCUAGGAUCAAUUGUUGAUUCAUAUUUGGGAGCUACGAUGCAAUACAGCGGUUUUGACCAGAAUAUUGGCAUGGUUGUCAGCUACCAAACAAAAAACUCCAAGCACAUAUCUGGAAAACCUAUAUUAGACAACAACACAGUAAAUCUUUUUUCUUCUAUAAUAAUAGCUUUGGUGCUUCCAAGCAUGUCAUGGUUUUUCUGGCCCAGGCGUUGAAAUUGUUUAAAGUUUUCUGCAUGUGAUUCAGUUAUGUUCAGUCUUAUUCAAAGACUCGGAAACGUUUUCUUUGAACUCUCUUGAAGAGAGAUCUGAAACUUUCAGAGAGCCAAAGGACUUUCCAUCUCAACUUCUGAAGGCUGCAAGCGUCACACGGCAAUUGGCAUCUGUCAGGGCAAGGAAGGGGUUUUGUCAAUAUGCUCUUGCUGCGCUUUAAGUGGACGUAGAUGGUGAAGCCCUUCAUUUAUCCUCAUGGAGCUGAAAGGUUGGCGUCUAUGUUCUUUCCAGUCCCCAGCAUCUGGAAGGGCAAGAAGCUGGAAAUAGAAGUCUAAUCUACAUCAAUCAACGUGACGAAGCAUUGCGGCUAUUGUCCAAGCCAGACAUAAAGUAUGCUGCCUACAGCUCUAUGUAGACAGUGGUAACAUGGGUGAAAUGGGUGAAUUCUGGUAUUUGCCAUAAUCUACAGUAUGUAAGGUUUUAUGGAAAUUAAUUACUUUGCGGGGGGGAGGGGUGAAGAGAGAAGUAAGCCUUGUUGCCUAUUCUGGGUCCUGAUACUGUCUCCACUUCCCUGGGAAUAGGAUUGGUAAAAGCGAUGCUACUACAUAAUGUUUGAAGCAAAAGACUAAAUUUAAAAUAAAAACUCACUAGUUUUUCCAGUAAGAAUAAUAAAUUUUUCUGUGCUUUUUGGACAUCUUUAUUUCAAAACUAAUUAUAUUUAUGAAGAUUGUCAAUACUGUGGUACUUAUUAAAUUAUCUAAAAUUAAAGAAUACAGUUGUGAAUUCACAUCCAUCUCUUCAGAAAUAGGACAUUUUUUUCAUAAACAUAGAAUUGUUCCUAAAGUUUAGCAAUCUGACCAAACUAUAUUCUUUGGUUCUUUCUCAGCAGUGGAACUGUUUCCCAAUUUGUUUGAGGUUGCUAUUCAGAGAUGAUGGCUUCAACCAAAGAAGCCACAGAGGUUGUCCUCGUAGUGAAUGGGGAAAAUUUCACAAAGUAUUUCAGACUGGGAAUUUAACUUCUGGUGCUCAGGAUCCUGUGUUAGGUGAUUCCAUCUGGUGAUUCCAUCUUCCAUCAUGAAUUUAUAAAGAGGUGAAAGUAAUUUAGCCAGCACAGAUUGUGUUUUAAACUUAGUUACCCUCAUAAUAACUGUCACUGUCAACAUUCAGAAGGUGGAGCCCAUACUGUUAACUUAUAAAGCUUUUUCUUUUUAUCUUUAGAGAUAGGUAUUUUGUAUUGAACAUUUUUUUAUAAAUGUCUUGUGUAUGUUGCCUGUCUUAAUUCACUUGAAUUGUGCAUUAUGUCACCUUUUAUGGGAGUAUUCAAAAAUUUUAACACCUUCCAUAUUGAGUUUACUCUUUCGAAAUCUGGUCUAUAUAAAUCUGGAAUUUAUCACUGGAAGUAGUUUACUGCGUUAUCCAAUUAUAAAGAUGAGAUUUCAAACUAGUGAAAGCUUUCUGAAAAGAACAAAUUGUGUGGCUGCUGUAUGUCUGUUCCUGGGGCAAGGCGCAAAAUUAUAAAAGGAAUAUAUGCACUUAAAUUGUAACAAUAAAACACUUGAGAUUCUUA